AUGUCAAUAACUGACAAUAUUAAAAUUGAUACAACUGAUAAUCAAUCAGAUGAUACAUAUGCAACACCAAUUAGUCCAUUAUCACCAAAAGAAAAAUCACCAGUUUCAAAUGAACAACAAGAACAACAACAACCAAAAGAACAUUCUGUUAAUGAAAUGCAAUCAUUAAUUCAAUCAUCAAAUGAUUUAACAUUUCCAUUAGAAGAUUCAUGGACAUUUUGGUUUUUUAAAAAUGAUCGACAAUGUGAAUGGAAAGAUAAUUUAAUUCAAGUAACAACUGUAUCAACAGUUGAAAAUUUUUGGUCUGUUUAUAAUCAUUUACAAGUUGCUAGUCGACUUGGUCAAGGUUGUGAUUAUCUUCUUUUCAAAACACAUAUUCAACCAAUGUGGGAAGAUCGAUACAAUCGUACUGGUGGUCGAUGGUCUUUAAAUUUAAAUAAAAGUCAACGAGCUACUGAACUUGAUAAAUAUUGGCUUUUUACAUUACUUUCAUUAAUUGGUGAUCAAUAUACAGAUGAUGCACAACAUGUUAACGGUUGUGUUGUAUCGAUUCGAAGUAAAGGUGAUCGAAUAAGUUUAUGGACAAAAGAUUGGAGAAAUGCUGAAAUUACAAAACGAAUUGGAAGUCGAUUUCGUGAAGUAGCGGAUAUUCCUCGAAAUUUACCAUUAAUUUUUGAAAGUCAUGAAGAUCAAGAAUCAAAACGUGGCGCAACAUCAAAAAUUCUUUUUCGAGCUUGA